UCUCGCCCGGAUCAUUGGUUGUGCAAGCUGAGGCUGCGGCAGCCCCAUGGGGAGGUGCGGGCUGUGAGGCACGAGUCUCCGCAGCGCCCCCAGGACCGAGGACGGAGGCGUCCUUUCUCAGCCAUGUGAAGGAACCACCGGGUAACAGAUCUCCAGCCUCGGUCAAGCCCGCAGAUGGCUGCCGCUCCUGGGGACACCUCCACGAACCAGCUCACCUGUUCCCACAUUCCUGAGCCUCAGAGACCGCCGGAGCCUCAACAGAAAGCUCCUUUAGUUCCUCCUCCUCCACCUCCUCCUCCACCACCACCACCACUACCAGACCCCACUCCCCCGGAGCCAGAGGAGGAGAUCCUGGGAUCAGACGAUGAGGAACAGGAGGACCCUGCGGAUUACUGUAAAGGUGGCUAUCAUCCAGUGAAAAUUGGAGACCUCUUCAAUGGUCGAUACCAUGUCAUUAGAAAGCUAGGAUGGGGGCACUUCUCUACUGUCUGGCUGUGCUGGGAUAUGCAGGGGAAAAGAUUCGUUGCAAUGAAAGUUGUAAAAAGUGCCCAGCAUUACACAGAGACAGCCUUGGAUGAAAUAAAAUUGCUCAAAUGUGUUCGAGAAAGUGACCCCAGUGACCCAAACAAAGACAUGGUGGUCCAGCUCAUUGAUGACUUCAAGAUUUCGGGCAUGAAUGGAAUACACGUAUGCAUGGUCUUUGAAGUGCUUGGCCACCAUCUCCUGAAAUGGAUAAUCAAGUCAAAUUACCAGGGUCUCCCAGUACGUUGUGUGAAGAGUAUCAUUCGACAGGUCCUCCAAGGUUUAGAUUAUCUACAUAGUAAGUGCAAGAUUAUUCAUACUGAUAUAAAGCCGGAAAACAUCCUGAUGUGUGUGGAUGAUGCCUACGUGAGAAGAAUGGCAGCUGAGGCCACGGAGUGGCAGAAAGCAGGUGCUCCUCCUCCCUCGGGGUCUGCAGUGAGUACGGCUCCACAGCAAAAACCUAUAGGAAAAAUAUCUAAAAACAAGAAGAAGAAGCUGAAAAAGAAACAGAAGAGGCAGGCUGAAUUACUGGAAAAACGCCUGCAGGAGAUAGAAGAACUGGAGCGAGAAGCUGAAAGGAAAGUAAUAGAGGAAAACAUCAGCUCUGCUGUACCUUCCAAUGAGCAAGACGAUGAAUUCCGGCCGGAGGUGAAACUAAAAGCAGCAGGGUUAGAGGAGACUCCUGAGGAAGAGACUGCAAAGGACAACGGUGAAGCUGAAGACCAGGAAGAGAAAGAAGAUGCCGAGAAAGAAAACGUUGAGAAAGAUGAAGAUGAUGUCGAUCAGGAACUUGGGAACAUAGACCCUACAUGGAUCGAGUCACCCAAAACAAAUGGCCAUAUUGAGAAUGGCCCAUUCUUACUGGAACAGCAGCUGGAAGAUGAAGAGGACGAUGAGGACGACUGCCCAAACCCUGAGGAGUAUAACCUCGAUGAGCCAAAUGCAGAAAGCGAUUACACAUAUAGCAGCUCCUAUGAACAAUUCAAUGGUGAAUUGCCAAACGGACAACAUAAGAUUUCAGAGUCCCAGUUUCCAGAGUUUUCCACCUCCUUGUUCUCUGGGCCUUUAGAGUCUGUGGCCUGCGGCUCAGUGCUUUCCGAGGGAUCACCACUUACAGAGCAGGAGGAAAGCAGUCCAUCCCAUGACAGAAGCAGGACAGUUUCAGCCUCCAGUACUGGGGAUUUGCCAAAAACAAAAACCCGGGCGGCCGACUUGUUGGUGAACCCCCUGGAUCCUCGGAAUGCAGAUAAAAUUAGAGUAAAAAUUGCUGACCUGGGGAAUGCCUGCUGGGUGCAUAAACACUUCACCGAGGACAUCCAAACGCGUCAGUAUAGAUCCAUAGAGGUGUUGAUAGGAGCAGGCUACAGCACGCCUGCAGACAUUUGGAGCACGGCAUGCAUGGCAUUUGAGCUGGCAACUGGAGACUAUUUGUUUGAACCACAUUCCGGGGAAGACUAUUCCAGGGACGAAGACCACAUAGCCCACAUCAUAGAGCUGCUAGGCAGUAUCCCAAGGCACUUUGCUCUAUCUGGAAAAUAUUCUCGGGAAUUCUUCAAUCGCAGAGAUCACAUAGCAUUGAUCAUUGAACUUCUGGGGAAAGUCCCUCGAAAAUACGCUAUGUUGGGGAAAUAUUCCAAGGAGUUUUUCACCAGAAAAGGAGAACUGCGACACAUCACCAAGCUGAAGCCCUGGAGCCUGUUUGAUGUACUUGUGGAAAAGUAUGGCUGGCCACACGAAGAUGCCGCACAGUUCACGGAUUUCCUCAUCCCGAUGUUAGAAAUGGUUCCAGAAAAACGAGCCUCCGCUGGCGAAUGCCUUCGGCAUCCUUGGUUGAAUUCUUAGCAAAUCUACAAAUACACCAUUCUGAGCUAGCAAGUGUUUUCCAGUACAUUGGACCUAAACGGUGACUCUCAUUCUUUAACAGGAUUACAAGUGAGCUGGCUUCAUCCUCAGACCUUUAUUUUGCUUUGAGGUACUGUUGUUUGAUAUUUUGCUUUUUGUGCACUGUGAUCCUGGGGAAGGGUAGUCUUUUGUCUUCGGCUAAGUAGUUGACCAUUUUCUUCUGGAAAAAAUAACAUGUCUCUAAGCAUUGUUUCUUGUGUUGUGUGGCAUUCAAAUGUCAUUUUUAUUUUGAAUGAAAAAUUCUUUCCCCUUUGUGUUUUGGCAGGAUUUGUAACUAUUUAUGAAGAAAUAUUUUAGCUGAGUACUAUAUAAUUUACAAUCUUAAGAAAUUAUCAAGGUGGAACCAAGAAAUAGCAAGGAAAUGUACAAUUUUAUCUUCUGGCAAAGGGACAUCAUUCCUGUAUUAUAGUAUAUGUAAAUGCACCCUUGUAAAUGUUAAUUUCCAUUAAAUAUGGGAUGGGGACUCAAGUUUCAGAAAAGCUACCAAGUACUGAGCGCUCUUUAGCGGAGUUGCAUGUGGCGGACUCACUGCUCCAAGGGGUUAUGCAGACUCCAUUCCCUCGCAGUCCAUUCACAUUGGCUCUGGGUUGCCGGACAUCAUUCCCUGUACGGCACUUCAAAGGAAGGAGAUGUGCUUGUUCUAACAUCCAUUAUAAGUUAGCAGUCCCAUCUGUAUUUUUGCAUAUUUUAAAGAGUACUUUUAAAAAAAAAAGUGAUUUCCCCUUAAAAAUGUGAUGGCCUGGUACCAUGUGGUAUUGCCUCUUCCAAGCACUCUAAGUUAAAUGCAUAGGUUAAAUUGGACAAGAGAAACAUGUUCAGUGUGUGGAAUGACUUUUCCUAUAUAGCUAUAUAUAUACUUAAAUAGCUAUAUAGGAAAAGCAUGAUCAUGUUUAUCUAAAACACAAGGUACGGUAUAUACAGUUGCAGUUGCAGUGAGCAGAAUACUCCUCACAGCUCAAAGGUGACAGUGAUCGCAUCCAUUCCACAGGCAGCUUGAUGUGUGGCUACGUGAAUUUUACCAGCUUUCUUGUCUUUCCAUGAAUGAGAAAAUGAUUUUCCCUCUCUGGGUUGCACAUUGUUUUUGUUUAUGCAUUUCCUCAAAAUUAACUGUAGGAUCCAGGACACAAACCAUUAUUAGUAGGCAAUACAAUUUUAGAAUGUAAUAUAUAGAGGUAUAUAGCCUCUUUUAGAAGUCAAUGGAUUGAGUGUCUUUUUAUUUUAAAUUUUACAUUCUUUAAGGUGCCUCGUUUUUCUUGACUUUGUCCAUUAACAUUUAUCCACAUGCCUUUGCAAUAACUAGAUUGUGACAAGCUAACAAGUAUUGUAACAAUAAUCUAUUGUUUGAGGUGCUUGCAGUUGUCUUAAAAAUUAAAGUGUUUUGGUUUUUUCCCCCAGACAUUGCCGCCUUGGUCAUUGCCCUGUAUUUGAAGGGAUAGAAUCAACGUGCAUUUGCUGUAUGUGUAGUGUCACCAGAAGUAAAGGGAAUGCCAACACCCUUGUGGCAGCAAAUACAGUUGUAGAGUGUGAAUUGAGGCUUUUUGUAAGGAAAUCAUAUAUGUAUUGUUUUUUAAGGGCAGAAUGGAUUUAGGAAAGGUGUUAAUUCUAGAUUAAUUAUCUAGAAUUGCAGUGAUCCUUUUUUAUCCAUGCUUCAUCAAAAACCAUUCUAACUGCAAACUUUUUUUUUAAACACCAUUCAUUCUGAGGGAACAAGACACAUAAUCCUCCUAGGAAGUAGCAUUGUAUCACAUGUUGUUGUGAGGUAGAAUGUACCAUUCAAUUAUGAUAUGUGCAUGCUUUCUUUUCUAAUGAGGCUUAGGUCUCUGUGUCGAUUCUUUGACAGAAGUUGGUCGUAGACCAGUUAUGCUAUGAUUUCCGUAGGAAAUAUUCUUGCAAGAACUACAGAGUACAUUUAUAGCUCCCCUGUGUCUAGAAUUAUCAGAAUGAUAGUACGCUUGGUUGAAAUUUAUCUUAAGUUUUAGUUCAUGUUGGAAAAGAAACUCUUCAUUUUUAAGUAGCAUCUCUCUGCUAAAAUAGCCUGACUAGUUUACAUUGUAGAACCAGUUGCUGUAGAAGGAAUAUACAUUUGUGCUAGGUACCGUGUGGCUUUUAGCAGAUUCUUGGCGGCUUGUUGAUAAAGAAUGCAUCAGGCUAAAGGAGAACCAGCUGGUUAUGCUAAACAUGAGUCCGCUCACUGAUUUGAGUGUGGGUCCUCUCUUUCCUCCAUUAAAUCUUCAUAGAAAAUGAUGGUAGCAGAUCUAGAAGGUGGCUGGCUGGAAAUCGGCAGGCGGAACUGCGCAAAGGCAGAGGAAAGGCAGCUAGUAAGAGCCGCGGAGGCGCACACACACCUGAUUUAAAUCAGAGAAAACUGAUUUGCUGCUUCCUUCUUUUUUACCUGGACCAGAUGUAACUUAUUAGCAGGGUAAAGUAAGGAAACUUUCCAUGGGAACAGAGAGCUUGUUUCUUUUUAUAGUUCCACUUUUUCUCCCCCUUUUUGGGAUGAAUGUUUGGUAGAGGACAAUAUUUAAGGAUUGUCUUUCAUCAUAGCAUUAUUUAAUAUUCUGCAGUUUGCACAUGAGCUUCUGUAUGCAUUAAUUCUAUAGCAGGCCAUUCUGAAGCACUGAGCAGUUAAGAAUGCUCAGGAGGGUCCUUUUAAAGAGGUGAAUAUUGGUAUUUUAUGUUAAGAAACUAUCAGGUGAUGGAUGAUGUAAAGCCAUUUUUUCUCAAAUGUUUCUUUGUGAAUGCCAUAAGUAGAAUUUUGCUUCACAAGUCAAGGAUGGCAAAGUUGACUUAUGUUCUAAAACCUGAAGCUGAUUAGGAUUGAACCCUAAGUGUGCUGUAUUAAUGCACAACUAUAAGCUAAUUUUCAAAAGGAAAUGAAAAUUAAAAUCAUAAAACAUGACUUAAA